CCAGCCGAGGACACGCCCACGAAUAGGCCUUAAAGGCUCCGCGCCUGACCGCGGCCCGGGACCGCGCGUUCCGCUCCUUUGCGCAGCACCCAGUCUCUCUGCCCACGCCGCGCUCCUGCCCUGCAAUCGCGAUGCCUGUGUGGGGAGGCGGCAACAAGUGCGGGGCCUGCGGAAGGGCUGUGUACCAUGCUGAGGAAGUGCAGUGUGACGGCAGGAGCUUCCACCGCUGCUGCUUCCUGUGCAUGGUUUGCAGGAAAAACCUAGACAGCACCACUGUGGCGAUUCACGAUGAUGAGAUCUACUGCAAGUCCUGCUAUGGGAAGAAGUACGGGCCCAAGGGCUAUGGUUAUGGCCAGGGAGCUGGCACCCUCAACAUGGACCGCGGGGAGAGGCUGGGCAUCAAGCCUGAGAGCGCCCAGCCUCACAGGCCGACAAACAACCCAAACCCAUCGAAAUUCGCUCAGAAGUUUGGAGGUGUCGAGAAGUGCUCACGGUGUGGGGACUCCGUGUAUGCGGCCGAGAAGAUCAUGGGAGCAGGGAAGCCCUGGCACAAAAACUGCUUCCGCUGCGCAAAGUGCGGGAAGAGCCUGGAGUCCACCACACUGACAGAGAAAGAGGGCGAGAUCUACUGCAAAGGCUGCUAUGCAAAGAACUUUGGGCCCAAAGGAUUCGGCUACGGCCAAGGAGCAGGGGCACUUGUGCACGCUCAGUGAGGUGCAUCUACAAAUCUCCAUUUCCAACAGUGCUCGGCGAUUCUGGCAACACAUCAGUGUCCAGGGCAGGUGGGCUCAGGACCAGAGGUGGCACUGACUCCUGCUCUGGCAUCUUCAAGAAACAUUUCUUUUUGAUUCAAAAUAAAAGUUUGAUUUGGUUA